CACAGUCUCAUCCCACCCCAUCCAUCGUUUCCACUUCUUCCACUGAGCAUACACAUUUUUGGGUAGGGGACGCAAUGCUUUGCAAAUUUUGCCAACAAACAAUUUUCGCAUCCAGACGCCGAUGGGGACUUCACAGAAAGGAUUACAGGGACGUCGAUAAGGACCCAGAACUGGAGAAAUGUACUGUUUGCUCCCACCUUGGCAAGAGUGUCGAUGUGGACUGCGCAUAUCGAUGGACUAUCAGGUGGCUAUCGGCUACAAGAGAAGACCAAAAGUGCAUGCUCAUAACCUUCCGUCAAAGUGACAAUCAUCUUUCGGGCCCGCAGGCGGAAAAUCACAGGGAAACCAGCCAUUCCACGGGAUAUUUUAAGGGUUCAGUGGCAUUCUAUCUCCUCCAGAAAGGCAUGCAUGUCCCACCACCAUCCAUCAAGACUCCUCGUUGACCGGUUCACAGACACAAUCACACCAGCAACCACCCUCCCCAAGACCACAAACAUAACCCCCUCUGGAUCUCUUCCCCAGAUCCAAUCCUGGAUACACGAAUGCUCCACCUCCCACGAAAGAUGCCAAGCCAUUCAAUCUUCCACCUCUUCCUCGUGGCUCCCGACUCGCCUGAUCGACGUAUCCAACCCAUCCAAAAUCCACAUCAUCACCACCAGCCCCUCCAUGAAGGAACGCUACACCACGCUGUCACAUUGUUGGGGCAGGAUCGAAAUCAUCAAGCUGAUCCAGGCCAACUAUGCCCAACUCACCGACCCGUCCGUUGGCGUGAACUGGGACAAGCUCACCAAGACCUUCCAAGACGCCAUCACCGUGACCAGGGCCCUCGGGGUCAAGUACAUCUGGAUCGACUCGCUCUGUAUCGUCCAGUGGGAUGGCGAGAAGGCGCCUGGGGAUUUCAAGACAGAGGGGCAGCUGAUGCAUCUUGUGUAUAGGAAUAGCUUCCUCAACCUUGCCGGCGCUGACUCCAAGGAUGGAAGCCAGGGGCUCUUCAGGUCGUACGAAAAGAACCCCAGACAGAGGGUGUUGCAUGAACCUGUCAAGAUCGAGGGUGGGCGUGGGAUAGCGGCGGAGUGGUACAUCCUCCCAAAAGACUACUGGCGCCACGAGCUACUCGACAAAAUCCUCUACACCAGAGGCUGGGUCUUCCAAGAGCGCAUGCUCGCUCCCCGAAUCCUCCACUUCUCCACCCAUCAACUCCUCUGGGACUGCGCGACCCUCUCCGCUUCCGAGUCCCUCCCCCAAGGCCUCCCCAGACAAAUCGACACCAUCUCCGCCACCGAACGCCACUGGCGAGAGCGCCUCCUCCUCAUGCGAUCAACCCCCGCUAAUCAGCCUGCUCUUAUCAGAGCCGGAACAGCAGAUGACUCCCUCGAAACCUUCUGGAUAGAUUCUGUCAGAAAUUACACCCGCUGCGAACUAACAAACUACAUCUCCGACCGCCUCCAAGCCAUAUGGGGCGUCGCAAAGGUUGUGCGGGACGGGCUAAGGGAAAAGGGCUCUUGGGAUGAGAACGACCACCAAGAGGAGGAGUACGCCGCUGGUUUGUGGAGCAAAAAUUUGUAUCUUCAGUUAGCAUGGAGGGUGGUUAACCCGAGGUCGAGGGAGGAGACGAGAUUGCCUGGGUUGCAGGGGAUACACCCCAGUUGGUCGUGGGCGUCGACUAUAGGGGAGAUUUCCCUCCAAUCGAGGCUUCGGCUGGCGGGGACUUGGUACCGGGUAAGGCACCAUGACGGGGGGGAGGUUAGGUUUGAGGUGAAGUGUCUUGGUGAUGUGGAGGGGAGUCCGGAGUUGGCGGCUAGAGGGGUGGAGCCGAAGAGGGAUCACCAGCCUGAGUUGGUUGGUAAGAAGCUUGCGGUCAGGGGGGUGACGGUGAGGGGGUGCUGGGAUCAAAAGACACAAGGGGUUCGGGUAUCAGUGGUGGAUGUGGCAGUGGUGAAGAGAUUUGACUUUUUCCCGGAUGUCGUCUUGGAGGAGGGGAGGGAGGUGUAUUUGCUCGUGCUAUCGGCGCAUGAAACGGACGAGCAUGGGCAGUUGGUGAUGGUGGAUGAUUCGGCUUCGGGAUCUGAAGUGUCAUGGAGGAAGCCAAAUGUGACGUAUAAUUCUGGGACCGGGCUGAUGCUAGAAGGGGGUGUGGGCGUUGAAAAUGAGUAUAAGCGCAUUGGAGCGUUCCGUUUCCAGGGGCUGGGGAAAGAUGAUAUGAGGGCCCUAGUCGACGAGACAGGAGUGAAGAAUAUUUCGAUUCUGUGAGGCUGAUAAUUGACGACCUAAGGUUUUACAUUAACUCAGAAAGAAUGUCCAUUCGCAUGUUCCUAUACUCCACUGACCAGC